CACACUGCCUGCUUAUUCAUCAGGUACAAAGGUUGAACAAAAACAAAGUGCUAUUGCACCACGUUAUUUCUUGUCAGUGCAUUGAAAAAUCUACACAACAUAGGCUGCCUCUAAGAAGCAACAGAAAGGCUCUAAACAUGAAACACUCUUGGCUUGUGAUCUGGGCUGGAACACUGUUUUUGAAUCCAGUCACUGCUGACUGCAACACUACUUCUCAAACUGUCAUUUGUGAGGAGUCUGGAAAGAACCUCUCUGAUAUCCCCACUGGCCUUUUCCAAAAUGUUACCAAAUUAAGCCUCAAAAAUAAUAAAAUCACUUUAAAACCUAGUGACGGAGAGAUUCUUCGAACUUUUAUUAACCUCACUGAACUUUAUCUGAAUGAAAAUAUGAUUACUGUACUGCAUAAUAACAGUUUCUGCAAUCUGACAGAACUUCUAAUUCUGGAUAUCAGCAACAAUCAUAUUAGCACAGUUCAUAAAGCGGCAUUUGCAGGGUUAAAUCAACUGUCAGUGUUGAAUCUAUCCUAUAACAUGAUUACUCAACUAGAUUCAGAUGUAUUUACCUCUCUAAAAAGUCUGACAGUUUUAAAUCUACAGAAUAACCUUCUCAAAUCUUUUCAUAUAAAAUCACCUUUUAAAUUGAUUGAAAUCGGUUUAGCUGGAAACCCAUGGAACUGCUCCUGUGACCUCCUUGAUUUACAAAUAUGGCUAAAGGACCCCAGUGUGACAAUGGCAAAUGAAGACAACGCUACAUGUACAUUCCCAAAAAUCAUGGAAAAACUCUCCAUCAAGACAGCAGUUAUCCAACCAGAUGACUGCAAAAUUGAAAAAGCUUCUUUAGAAAACACUGUAACUUCCACUUCUGCCAUUAAGGUCAAAAGCAGGGCCUUACUAACAACUCAGAUGCCAAACAACAUCACUGAAAACAAUAGAACACGUGCAGAUUUACCACCUCUUGGCAAAAGUUGGACCUUCCUAGCGGGUGUUCUAGGGUUUGUCCUUAGCACUACUCUCCUGAUUUUUACUGCUACAAAAUGCCCAACAUGGUAUCACUAUUUGAUCAGCUACAGUCACCGUCGUCUGGAAGAAAAUGACUCGGAGAUGUUUGAAGAGGAGUUCUCAGCUGACAUGAGUUCCUCUCCAGUAUCGGGUACAGAUAAUGAAGAGCCCAUAGUGAUAUUUGAGAAGAUUCAUGCAUUUGUUCCUGGGGAAGAUGGAUUUAUUGAGGAUAAAUACAUAGAUUCUUAUGUAACUGAGGAGAGUUAAUGUCUCAAACAAUGGAUGAUGAUCUGACUUUUCAAAACUGUAGUACAUUUGUACUUCCGUAUUACACUACUUAUAUACAAUACAAAAUGAAGAUAAGCAGUCCAUCUCCUUUCAUCUUGUCAAAUCCGUAACAAAGCAUUGCUGCAUGAAUCAUGAAGCCAAAAAAUGUGGUGCUGUGCAUGCUGCAUACUGUCACAGCAAAUAUUUCAAGACAUGCAAAAAAUACUCAUAAUCCACCUUUUAUAAAAAUGUAUUUGGUUAUUCAUGGCAGGGCAGGAGCGCUUACUGUAUAUUGCUUAACAUGAACAAGUCUUUGCAAAAUAGCUUGUGAUGCUGGCAUAAUCACUAAUGCUUUCUAUGCGAAGAAGUCCAGAAAGGAAAAGUAAUUUCUCUAAAAUGUUGAAGCAGACCACAGCCAGACUAGGGACUAUGGACACCAAAUCAAUGGUGUCACAGCUCAGUAGUCUAUUAAGCAAAAGCAACACAGACACAGAGCAUUUGGGUUUUUUUCACCUGAAUUAGCAGAGCAAGAAAGACCAAAUGCUCCAUUCCCUUGAAUGUUUCUACAUACAGUACAAUGAUAAAGUAUCACUACUGCAUAUCUAGUGCCUUCAUACCUUAGUUUGCUACUGAAUCAAGUUUUUUCUCUUCAUAUUUUGACACUUAAAAAUGCAUUCAAGGGUAGAACAGACACAUUUGUGAGUUGUUGAAAACUGUGGUAUUAUUUAAAAGUGACUUAUUAUUAAAUGGUAAAUUGUUAUUUAAAAGUGCUUAUUUAUACAUAAAAUCUCAACGUUGAGAUUGCUCUUACUGGCAACAAGCAGGAUCACAUCUCUUUCUCCUGCACAUCUUCUGUCCCUAAAUUAAACAUCUCAGAAACUCACCCUCUCAAACUAUCACUACACAAGUCAUUCUCACAGCUUACAAAUUCUUAACUGCAAGCAUCUCACUGUCCUCAUCUUCCCCUCCACACACCCUUAUCCUCACCAUACAAGAAUCACCGUUCUAGUUCCCACUUCUGCUUGCUUUCCCCACUUUGCCACUCCUUAACACAACCUCCAAAACUCAUGACCUUGACAGCAGGUUGCCAGAAGACAGGAAUUCUCCACUGACACCUCACUGCUCCUGGAUGACAGGGCAAGUACUUCCACAGCAGAUUACUCAGAAGAGUUUAAAGCUGGAAACUCCAGCUGCAGCCUGGCACUGAUGUAUCAUCUUGAAAUUGCUCAGUUAUCGCUUGUGGUAUGCAUUGCACUGUUAAGGAACUUCUGAAUUAGGUAACACCUCGAUUUUGCCAAGUUCAGUUAUGAUUUUAACAACUUUGGGGAAGCAAGUACUUAAGAAGCAAGCACUUCAUG